AUGGCUUCGAUUCUUGGCCAGUCGGAUGAUGAUGAAAACCUCAACGAUGUCAAUAGAUCUGUUAAAUUUCUUGAAGAAGAAAUCAUUUCAAUGGAUGAAUCUGGAGAAAUGUUGGUAAAGGUUGGAGAUAACGAACACCUGAAGAGGAAGCCACGAAAAUACUUUAGAGGAUUGAGACGACGGUGGAGUGAAGUAACAGUACUUUCGUCUAGAUGGAGAUCUGAAGUUCCCUUCAUAAAAAAUUCAGGAGUUGACAGUAUAAGAUUUAAUGCAGAGCAACAAAAUGAAGGAUUUGGUGAUGAUAUACGAUACCAACUUGGCCUAUUAGAUUUUACUGCGUUAUUGUGA